AUGUCGCGCCCCGCCGCAGUGACCUUGAGCCCGUGUCUGUGGCUGCUGCUGCUGUCGGCGGCUGCGGCGUGGCCGUCCGCCGUCCGGCAUCGGACCGGCGCCCACGAGCGCAUCGUCGGCGGCCAUGAGGCCAGCAUCGCCGACCACCCCUGGCAGCUGGCCUUCGAGCUCGGCGGCGACCAGCGGUGCGGGGCGUCGCUCAUCGGCCCCUCCUGGGCGCUGACCGCCGGCCACUGCGUCGAGGACGUCCAACUGUACUACUUGGCGCUACGGGCGGGGUCCUCCGACCGUGGCCGAGAGGUCAACGGAUCCUUCACGCUGGGUCCCAAUGUACAGUUAGUGGGACUUCCAGCUGAGGGCUACGACCCUCCGAGUGGGCUGCCUGUGACGGCGGUAGACAUCAACGUGGUGGACCGCGAGACGUGCCGCCAGGUGUUCGUCGCUGUGAAUGCCGUGACGGAGCACAUGAUCUGCUCUGGAGAGUUCUCGCGUGACGUGUGCAUCGGCGACUCGGGUGGCCCGCUGGUCAACAAUGGCACGCAGGUGGGCAUCGUCUCGUGGGGGCUCGCCUCCUGCGAAGUCGGCCUCUCCGCCCAGAGCAAUGUCGGCUAUCUGAGGGCCUGGGUCUGA